UUUGUUUUGAUUAAUCCGGUCGAACCCAUCCCCGCACCGAGCUUCCGUCAUCGGUGUAUUUCUGUAUUUCGCACCGAGUUCUGUGCCAACAUUUCGUUAAAAAGUUAAAUUUUCACAGUAGUGCUAAGAAGAUGAACGCGCAAUGACCGAACGGCUGCGAAGUGCGAGUACGGUGGGCUACCAAUGCCCCAAGAUGGAAAACGACUUGAGCCCCCGAAAGACAAUGCUAGUUCUCGUGAUCGUCGUGGGGUGUUUCGCGGUGCUGUGGCCCAAAGUGUUCUACCCCAUGUUGGUGGGCUCCGCCAACCAGCACAUCAAACCCAGCCCCAUUGACAAGACGACAGGAUGCUGUGAUGUAAUCUCCGAAACUGACGUUAACACUAUUAAAAUCAUGACUGAAUUAUGCGGAACCAUUAUUAAUUCCACCGAAGAUAAGCCCUUGUCAGGAAAGGAAAUAGUGCAGAGGUGUCGUCAGGAGGUCCUCGAUACUUGCGGCAUCGACAUUUCAGUGGUUUUGCAAGAACAAGUUAGAUUAGGCCAAACUGUUAAACAGAUCUUAGACGAAAUUCGAUCUUUGAAUGGCUCUCUUUGCUUGAAAUACAACUACGGACUCGCUCCUUGGAGACUUGGAGUUCCUCAUAGAGUUACGGUCAAAGCAGCUUCCGGUGCUUCGAACAUCAGGCAGGAGAGGCCGAUGCAUUUAAGAUCUGAAUUGGUUCAUCCAGCGUUCAGAGAAAGGGGUAGAGCCAUACCACAGCCACAGGUAGCAUCACCGGCGCGGCCGCCACCAAGGGUGGUUGAAGGAAGACCCGGUCCCAUACCAGGGAUGAGGCCGACUAUAGGUGGCGCAGGCCACGUGGUCCCUCCUUCCAAACAAGGAACUAGCAGCAUGAGUGUCAUAAUGCCUAUUUACACCAUAGGAAUUGUGAUAUUUUUCACCUACACUCUAAUGAAAAUACUUUUCAAGAAGCAACCAGACAACGUCGGGGGCACGUUGUACCCUCAAGUGGAUCCAGAUCCUCACUUCCGAAAGGAAGUUUUUGAAUCUGAAUCGAGUCGAUUAGGGCCGAGGCUCACUAGAGAAAAUAUUGCAAGUAAAUUGGGAUGGGUAGAACGUGAUGCAAGAGACGCAGAGCUGGAUCAACUCCGACAUCGUCUGCGUGAAACAGAGUUGGCUAUGGAACGCAUCGUUGAACAAAUGUCUAAAGUGCCUCUCAAAGCUCAGGAUUUGGUCAAUGGCACUUUAUCAAAUGGGGAUGCGGUUAAGCCUCAAGACGAAGAACAACCGACCGUCAAAGUUUUAGGGAUGGAAACGACUGCCAGCUGUGAAGGUGGCAAGAAAUGGUCAAGACCUGAAUCGCCCGUUUUGCCCACGUCGCCGCCGCCUCCACCCGCUGAACCUGUUCCACCACCGCAGGAAAUUUACUUGGAAGGUGCUUUACCAGCUCAGUCCCAUCUUUUGGUUGCCGAUUCAGCCAUCGAACCGGAACCUGCCACUGGAGAAGAUCCGGCCGUUGUACUUUCCGGAAAAAUGACGUUGUCUGUCAUAAGCCUAGAUUCCGAAAACGGAGUUGAGGAAACUAUUGAUGGUGCUGAGGAUGUGACUGCGGAGAAGGAAACGACAAAUAACCUCGAGGCACAAGUAUCGACCAUCCAACCCGUCAAAGAAACACCAGCCGUUGAAGAACCACAAGAACAAGAAGUGAUAGAAGAAAUUCCUACAGAUGACGGUGAUAACAAAAACUUGGUUAAAUUAGAAGACACGACUGAAGAACAAACUGUUCCAACGAGUAUUCAGGAAUCAACGAUUAAACUGGUACACGACCUCCUUACAGAAGAAGACGUAUCACUUCCUCUCCAGACUGAAGAAACAAGUUUCAAUAUCGAAGAAGAAACUGAAAAGCUAUUAGCUAAUUUAGGAGAUGACAGUACACAGUCGUCCAUUCUAGAAAAGGAUAUUGAAGAAUUUUUACAAAAAAUUAAGGAACAAAGCGAUUUUCAACCACCUACUAUUACCUUAGAAAGUGAAGACGUACCUCACACCCUUGAAGUUGAAUCUUUGGAAAAGGAGGUAGAUGACCUAAUCCAAGAGGCUCUAGAGAGUGUCCAACAAAGAGAAGUAGAAAGCGAAAUAUUACCAAAUUUGAGUGAAUCAACGAACGAAAUUAAUGACGAUGUUAAUGAAACAAAAACAGAGAAUGUACCAGAAACCUCUGUAAUGUUUUUACAAAUCGAAAGUGACGCACUUGAAGUGGAAAAGGAGAAAUCCCCAAAAUUCGAUUUGAAACAAGAAAUCAGUAAUGAAAUUGAAAAGCUGAUUCAAGAAGUGAAAGACUUGCCUAUUAUAGAACAGAAAGUCCAAGAAAAAGAAGAAACUAAAAAAACAGUUGACCAAAUAGAAAAGGAACCAAAUCUAGAUGCAGAAAAAUUGAAAGUAGCUGAAGAGACGCAAGCACUUUCAAACAAAGUGGAAGAAAUUUCUCAAAGAAUUGAAGAAAUUACGUCAAGAAUAGGGGAUACCAGUAGUCAAGCAGAGUCUCAAAUAAUAGAAGCUGAAAAACCAGUUUUGAAAAAAGAUGUAGAAGUUGUUGCAGAAGCUCCAAAGUCACCUAUUCUAGAUAUCCCCAAACAACCUGAAAUAGAAACACGACCUCUCGAGGAAAAAGUAGAACCUACCACAACUAAAGUAGAAGAAAACGUAAGUAGUACCAACGACGAUGUUCAAGAAGUAGCCAUAGAGACAAGUAAUGAAAAUACAGAAGUAGCAACACCCAAAGUAGAAGAAAAUCUAAGUAGUAAUAGAGAAGUCACCACGAGAGUAGAUGUUGAACCAAAAGUUGAGAAAGUAGAAGUUGAAGCUGUUGCUGCUCCAAAACAGCGUAAUGAUGACACAGACGAAUCGAAAGUUAGUAAAACUGGAGAAAACGUGUCAGUAAGCAACGAAUCUGAGGAUGAAGAGCUAGGUAGCGACGAAGAACUUGUGGAAGAAAUAGAAGAAAUAGUUUAUGAAGAAGAAAGUGGUGACGAAGAGGAAGAAGAAAUAGAAAUAGAAGUAGAGGAAGAGGAGGAGAGUGAAGAAGAAAUUCCAAAUGAGAGAAAUACGACUAGAACUGAAUCUAGUUCUGCUCCAAGAGUUAAUGGUGAAAGAAGUGAGGAUCUUGUUGAAGAAUCCAAGUAUACUACAGUUAGUGGUGCCACUGCUGCAGAGAAUGAGAUUUCAGACGAAGAUCUUAUAGACAACGAAGAAGUGGAAGAAGAAGAGGAAGAAAUAAUUGAAGUUGAGGAAGAAGUGGAAGAAGAAGAAUAUGUAAACGAAGAAGGUAAUGAUGUUAAUCAUGUUUCUGGAGAAUCAGAACCUGAGCUUUAGAUAGUAUGUAACGUGAUGAAGGUUUUGCUCAUCUACAAAUAUCAACCAAUGUGGAGAAGUUUUAACAUCAAUUAAAAUCAAGGAAAAAAUUACUUCGUGAUCAUGUUUGUUUUGUGUGAGUAGGUUAAGUUAAAAUUUUAUAGAUUUAUUUCAUACAUAAAAUUAUUUAUAUUCUAGUCUUUCUAAGUAUACUUGAUUACAUAGAUCAGUAAUCGUGUGUUAUAACUUAUUGUCAGAUUGUAAUGCUUGUUACUGUUACCCCAGCAUCACAAAACUUG